AUGAUGCUCUAUAGUAAUGGCGAAUGGUUGGACUAUCCUAGAGAAGUCUUUGACUUGUUUAAGAAGGACUUUGAAAUAAAAAAGGCAGCUAUGGAAAUAAGGUUAAAUGGUCGUGAUCUUAUGCUAAAUUUUCUACAUAUGUGUCAGGUGGAUUUGAAAACUGGUUUGCAACAACCCAUAGCAUGGAUUGAUGAAGCAGGGAGAUGCUUUUUCCCUGAACUCUAUGUUACUUCUUAUGAAGAAUCUUAUCACUCAUACAAACACGAGUGUAUGAAAUUGCGUAUUGAAAUAAAAGUGAAUGGGGUUGAUGAAUCCAUGUCGAGGAAGUGUGCUAGGGAGUCUAGUGGUGGUGAAGCCAUUUCGCUGAAUCAUGUAGGUUUAGUUCCUUACAUUGAAUUUGCACAGGGAAAACCAGAUUUAAAUUCUGUAAAAGAGAUGUUCCUUAAUGGAAUGAGUUGUCUUGGCAGUUAUGAUUUUGAGAUAAUAGAGAUAAAUCAUUGCCUAGGUGAAUCAAUGCAAGCACAAUUGAAGCUAUUUCAGAUGCAAGCUAAAAUUACAAAGGAAUCCCAUGGGGAAGCUAAUGUUAGAUAUGCUUGGCUUCAUUUUUCUAAAGGAGAACUAUCUACAAUGAUGGAAUGUGGACUUGGGCAUUGUGCACUAUGUACAACCAAAUGCACAUACGGUGUUGGUGUUUUACUUGCAGCUGUUACUUGCCCUUAUGCUAGUGCUCGUUAUUGUGAUAUUGACGAAAAUGGUGUUCGACAUUUGGUCUUUUGUCGUGUAAUAAUGGGGAACAUGGAAGUCCUUCAUGCUGGCAUUGGCACCAACAAUGAACAGUUUCAACCCAGCAGCUCUGUAUAUGAUAAUGGGGUGGAUGACAUCCAAUGUCCAAGAUACUAUAUAGUAUGGAAUAUGAAUAUAAGCACUCACAUCUAUCCACAAUUUGUUGUUAGUUUCAAGAUCUCUGAGGAUGCUGAAGGACACUUUUGUGGAACCAUGGGAGAGAAUAAUGAUUCUGAUGCUAAUUUUUCUAUGGAUGAUUCGGCUAGUUAUCAUUCUGGUGACAUGUUACAACUAGCCUCUAUACUUCAGGGAAUAACUGCUAAUGGGAUUGCUAGCACCCGGAAGAUUCCAAAAUCUCCUUGGCUUCCUUUUCCUAUGCUUAUUAAUGCUAUCAAUGACAAGGUUUCUGGAAGUGAUAUGAGUUUUAUCAAAGAACAUUAUGAACUAUACAAGGCAAAACAAAUUUCCCGUCAUGAUUUUGUGAAUGAGUUGAGGUUGAUAGUUGGAGAUACUGUAUUGAGAGCUACAAUAACAAGUCUUCAAUUCAAGAUACCGUCAAAUGGUAAAUUGUAA